AUGCACAGCUGUAAAAGCCUGCCUGAUUAUGCGUAUGCUGCCCGCUUCCUGAGCGGUUUUCGGGGAUUGAAAGCAUCAUCCUAUCCGGGACCACUUGGCAAGGCAGCGCACAGCGCGGGGCAUCUGCACUCGUCCCUAGAGCCACCAGCGGGGGGAGACCACUCCAACAACAACGGCGGCGGCGCUGCCGCCGCCACCGACGGCCUUGCCGAUAGCGCCAGCGGACCGGCGUACGAGUCCCUGUACAACGAGCCGGAGGAUCUAACAGGCACCCGCCAGACGCUCAUACAGAACCGGUACUGCUUCUGGUACUACCGGAAGGGUGCGCAGAAGGAGAGCAAGGACCCCAGUGAGGCGUAUGAGAGCGGCAUCAAGGUUGUCGACAGCUUCCAGACGGUGGAGCACUUCUGGCGCAUCUACAACCAUAUCCUCCGCGCCGACCAGGUGCCUAACGCAACCGAUGUUCACCUAUUCAGGGACGGCAUCAAGCCCACCUGGGAAGACGCCUCCAAUUCGAGGGGCGGGCAGCUGCUGAUACGUCUCAAGAAAGGGCUGGCGAGCCGCGCCUGGGAGAGCCUGGUGCUGGCCAUCAUCGGGGAGCAGUUCGACGUCGGCAACGAGAUCUGCGGCGCCGUGGUGUCUGUACGGUACAGCGAGGACGUCAUAUCGGUGUGGAACCGUUCUGCCUCCAACACCGAGGGCAUCGAGAAGAUCCGGGACACCGUCAAGCGCCUCCUUCAGAUACCGUCCUUCGUGCAGGUGGAGUACAGGCGCCACCAGGACAAUCUCGGGGCAGCCAGCGUGAGGGAGGAGAGGGGUGGGGGGGGAUUUCCAGCUGCAUCGCCGGGUUUCGGCCCCCGAGGCGGACCCCCCGGCGGCGCCUGGACACGCCACGGCAGGGGUGGCGGCCCGCGCGGGAUGGGUGAUCGUGGGGAUGACCAUCACCACAAGGACGGAGAACGCGCCGCACCCGCGGCCGGCGGCGGAAUGCCUCAGGAAACCUGGGCCAGGGGGCCGCCGGAGGCAAGGGACCGAGACCGCGACGCCGGGGGGUUCCGCGGAGGGGGUGGCGGGGGGGGAAUGGGGGGCUUCCGUCCCCCCCCCGGGAGGUGGGCGGAGCGGCGUGCGGCGGAGGAGGCGGGAGGGGGAGGAGGGGCGGGCAAGGACUACGGUGGGGGAGGGGGGGCGGGGGAUAGGGAGAGGGGAGACGGCGGCGGGAAGGGCUUCGGGCGGGGGGACCGCGUGGAUCGCGAAAAGGACUUGGAGAAGUGGGGGAAGGUGCGGAAAGACCCGACCAGCCACCGGGACAGAGACCGGGACAGGGAGCGAGGCGACCCGACGUUCCGUGAUCGCGCGGAAUUCCGGGACAGAGACACCACCGACCGCGACUGGGGAAGGCUGCGUCGCCCGGGCCCGCCUCCGGGCGUUGGAGGUGGUCUCAGGGGGAUCGGCGGGGGGGAUGGCGGCGGGGGGGGGGACCACAGGAGGCCCCGUGAGGGCGGGGGGGGGGGGCUCCAACGCCUGGAGCGUCAAUCCUCCUUGGACGAAGGCAAAGGUCGCGACUGGGGAAAACUGCGGCACACAACCCCUGCUUCUCCUGACGGCGAUAAGAGAUGAGGGCCUAGAUUACACACGGUGGCCUCCUCGCCCUCGUGUUGAAUGCGCCGCCGCCGCCGCCCCGCGGGCUCAUGAGCUACUAGCAGCGACGGAGACACGAUGUGGGAUGGAGAGUGUGAUUCGUCGCCUCCCUCUUUGCCUCAUGUCUCAUGGCAGGACACUUAAAUAUGCUAUGUACUCAUAGACUACAUGAUUGUAGCGUGUGUAUCUCUUGUGGGAAAAAUUCGUGGAAAUUUACUCACGGAAAGAGUCACAGGAUUUACGCGUAUUUUAUAGUGCAGUAGCGCUCGUUGGAAGGGGUGUCUGUAUGUGCAAUCAGAGGCAGGUAGGGGGGGGGGGAGGGGGGGCAACAUGCACGCGCGGGACCGAAAACGAUUACUUGGUGCUCGUGGGAUUGGCUGCGCAAGGUGCAGGGUUCCGGUCUGGCAAAUUGCGGCGAGUUUGGCGCUGACCUUGCGGAGUAUUUCCAGCAGUUUCUUCCUGUGUUUAUGCCUCUCGCUGCUGUCGCGCGUUGAAAACAUGGGAACCUAUCGCAGUCCAAAUCGCGUGUUUGUCCAUUUGGGAAGAAAGUUGUGCACUUGUGGAGAGUACUGUACUGUCCAGGAGGGGGGUAGCGUGUGCUCUGCAUGUGUUUGAACGUUUCAAGAUAUAGUAGUGAUCGUCUUUCGCUUAAUAAGGAGAGCGUGGACGACUGGUUGCUGCCGCUCAUUGCGGAGUAACGUUUGUUGAGGAGUCUUGCCGGUACAGCAGUAGUGCAGGCGCCCGGUUUUGGAAGCAGUUUAGUGACUGUGUGCAUUGUGUGCAGCGUAUCCGUUGGGCUCGGGGGGCUGUAGUGAUUUGGUAUGUUCUCUCUUGACCUUGAUGGUGUAGACACUUCUUACCAGCUCUUGAAGGUCGUUUUGGUUGUAUUCUGCCGAGGUGUGACAUACCCCAAAAGGUUAAGAUAACCAUGAG